GAUAAUGCACCGUUAAGCAUCAAACAAGCUUAUAAAUAGACAUAUACCAAUAUAUAUCAUGCUCACGAACCUUUCUUCUACUAUUUGUUGGCUAAAUAAUGGCAUCCAAACCUGGCAUACUUACUAAUUGGCCAUGGACACCUCUUGGAAGUUUUAAGUGGGUGAUUUUGACACCAUGGGUAGCACACAGCACAUACUCCUUCUUUGUGAAUGGUUCAGAGGAAAGAGACCUUAGUAACUUCCUCAUCUUCCCAUAUUUAAUGGUGAGGAUGCUACAUGACCAAAUUUGGAUCUCUCUUUCUCGCCAUCGAACCGCCAAAGGCAAAAGUCGAAUCGUCGACAAGAGCAUCGAGUUCGAACAAGUUGAUCGAGAAAGCAACUGGGAUGACCAAAUAUUGUUCAAUGGAGUGAUAUUCUAUAUUGGACAAAUGUUUAUUGAAGAGUCUCGGAAGUUACCAAUAUGGAGAACAGAUGGUGUGAUAAUAACAAUUCUUCUACAUGCUGGGCCAGUGGAGUUUCUUUACUAUUGGUUACACAAAGCACUUCAUCAUCAUUUUCUAUACUCCAGAUACCACUCUCACCAUCAUUCUUCUAUUGUUACAGAACCAAUCACUUCUGUGAUACAUCCAUUUGCAGAACACAUAGCCUACUUUAUGCUAUUUGCUAUUCCAUUAUAUACAACAGCAAUUACAAAAACAGCAUCCAUAGCAUCAUUUGCUGGUUAUCUUGCCUACAUUGAUUUCAUGAACAAUUUGGGUCAUUGCAAUUUCGAGUUCAUUCCAAUGAAACUCUUCUCCAUUUUCCCUUUCCUCAAGUAUCUAAUGUAUACACCAUCGUUCCACUCUCUGCAUCAUACACAAUUUCGGACAAAUUACUCAUUAUUCAUGCCAAUUUAUGAUUACAUAUAUGGAACUGUUGACAAUGCUACAGACACAACAUAUGAAACAUCAUUGAAGAAAGAAGAAGCUUCACCAGAUGUUGUACAUUUAACACAUCUUACAACUCCUGAAUCUAUCUAUCACCUAAGAUUGGGAUUUUCUUCCUUAGCUUCCACACCACAAUCUUCUAAAUGGUACCUCUAUUUGAUGUGGCCAUUCACUUUUGCCUCUGUUCUUGCCACUUGGUUUUAUGGCCAAACAUUUGUUUUGGAGAGGAAUUCUUUUAAUAUGCUCAACUUGCAAUCAUGGGUUAUACCAAGGUUCCAUGUACAAUAUCUUUUUAAAUGGCAAAGAGAAACAUUGAAUAAACUUAUAGAAGAAGCAAUACUUGAAGCAGAGUUGAGCAAAGUUAAGGUUUUAAGUUUAGGUCUUUCAAAUCAGGGAGACUUGCUCAAUAGACAUGGAGAACUAUACAUCAAAAGGUAUCCCCAACUUAAGUUAAAGAUUGUUGAUGGAAGUAGCUUGGUUGUGGCUAUUGUUCUUAAUAGCAUUCCAAAAGAAGCAAACCAAGUGCUUCUUUGUGGUAGACUUGACAAAGUUUCAUAUGCAAUUGUCAAUGCUUUAUGUGAAAGGGGUACCAAGGUGACAACAAUGUACACAGAUGAUUAUGAAAACCUUCAAUUAAGGCUCUCCUCUGAGUCCAAAAAGAAUUUGGUUUCCCCCGGAUUCAAUUCUUCAAAGAUAUGGCUAGUAGGAGACCAAUGUGAUGAAGUAGAACAAAAAAAGGCACCAAAAGGAUCAUUGUUCAUACCAUUUUCUCAAUUCCCUCCAAAGAAAUUGCGUAAAGAUUGCUUCUAUGGUAGCACACCAGCCAUGAUAACUCCCCCUGAUUUGGUCAAUGUAGACUCUUGUGAGAACUGGCUUCCAAGAAGAGUGAUGAGCGCAUGGCGUAUUGCUGGAAUAUUGCAUGCCUUAGAAGGUUGGAACAUUCAUGAAUGUGGAGAAAGCAUGUUUAGCAUUGAGAAAGUAUGGAAAGCAAGUCUUCAGCAUGGUUUUAGGCCAUUGAAGAUUAAUCAUCCCUUUGAUUGAAUAAUAAGUUAUUAAAGCAUAUCUUAGUGUUUGAUGAUCUAUUUGCUUAUGGUAUUAACAUGCUAGACAAUAUAUAUAUAUAGCUAUUAUGAAAUUGGAUUGCUUCAAUUAAGACAUUGCAUCUAUAACAGACUUUGUGGCUUAUGAUAUGUAUAAUAGAAACUAUUUUUAAUUAAUACAUAUUGCAGAGUGAUUGUUUAGA